AUGGCUCUAGAAUUUUUAAGGUGGGAACUGAUGCUGUUGGAGGAAAGAGUUAGAUUACAAGAACGGCGAAUCGAAAGAAGGGUUUUGAGAGAUACACAAGAUCCUUUUGAUCUCCCUCGCGAAGAAUUCCUAUUUAUGUUUCGAAUAAGUCCCGAACUAGCAUUUGACGUGAUAAAUGCUAUUAGGCCUUUAUUACAAGGUAAACGUUCUUCAGGAUUAUCUCCAGAAGUGCAAUUCCUAGUUACUGUUCAUUUUUAUGCUCAAGGUAGUUACCAAAGAGGUUUGGGUGGUAAUUCUAUCCUUAACAUAAGCCAGCCAUCUGUAAGUCGAUCUAUUAGUAGUGUGACAAAUGCUAUUAACCAGCGUCUUUUGAGACAGUGGGUAAAAUUCCCAAUGACAGCUGUUGAACGACAAAAAAGUAGAGAAAAAUUUGAAGCUGCACCCCAGCCUUUUGAAGGUACUUUAGGAGCAAUUGAUUGUACCCAUAUUAAUAUUCUCGCUCCAAUUGUCCAUGAAGAGGCAUACGUUAAUCACCAUGGCAAUCAUUCGCUCAACGUUCAAGCAAUUGUUGACCCGGAUUUGAAAAUUUUGAACAUAAAUCCAAGGUAUCCUGGGGCUCGCAACGACUCGUAUAUAUGGAGUAUGUCUGCCGUACGACGUGGAAUGGAAUUUCAUUAUAACAAUGGAGAACGUCGUACAUGGUUAAUUGGUGAUGCUGGAUACCCAUUAGAACCAUGGCUCAUGACACCAUUACCUCAUUAUCAGGAAGGUACACGUCAAUUUGAAUACACCAAAAAUCUUUGUAAGGCCAGAAAUGUGGUAGAACGAUUUUUUGGUGUAUUUAAAAGUGUUUGGAGGUGUCUUUCCUAUCAAAGAGUUCUUAUGUAUGCUCCUGAUAAAGCAGGUAGAAUUGUAAAUGCUUGUGCCACUCUACAUAAUAUGCGAAUCCAUUAUAAUUUACCAAUCCUUGAAGAAGAGUUAGCUGGUGAACAAAUUGGUCAAAAUAUAUAUGAAAAUAUAGAAAUACCUCGUAUUGAUCAACAAGGUGGACCCAGAGCGGUGGCUAAACGAAUUCAAAAACAUAUUCUAGAUCAAUUUGAUCAUUUAAGAGAUGGGGAAGAGGAUGAUUGA